AUGCCGACAACAACGAUACCAGUCUUCAAAUCACCUAACGAACCCCUUCCAUCUUCUCCGGCCCGGCCGACUCUGCGCCCAUACACAACUGCGCCCGACGGCGUUGGCUCGACGCAAAGCGCGCCGGGGGCCGGCGCGGCACACAGUUUCAUCCACUCCGCCGUCGACUCAGCUCUCCCAAACUCCCCAUUCCAUCGACGACGGAGGCGAGAGUCCGUCAUCGCCCCUUUCGCGGGCCGGCUUGGUGGGAAUCAAACCUUUGUCCUCGAUCGAUCGAACCCGGCCAAUGCGGAAUUGUUGCAGAAAGUCCCCGAUGCAGCGCCGAAUUUGAAUUUAAAAGAAGCCUUCGAUCCUCGCGCGUUCCGGGAUGUGGAUUUGUAUAAGGCAGCUGCGAUUGAGUUUGUGGGAACUUUACUCCUCGUAUACGCAGCCGCAUGGAAUAGUCUGUCGCCCAAUAUCCCUCCACCGCGUCCAUCGCCGACAUCUGGUGUCUUCAGCGCCGUCACAUUUCUCGGUCCCUUAGUUGGCGCUUGUAUCAAUUCAAUCCUGAUGAGCCUGCUGAUUUACUCCUUCGGCGCGAUCUCCGGUGGCCAUAUGAACCCGCUAAUUACGCUGGGGACUUUCUUCGCGGGCUUGACCAGUCUCCCGCGCUUGGUCUUGUAUGUGGCAGCGCAAACGGCCGGAGGGGCGUUGGCAGGAUUAUUGCUGCGAGCGAGUGCGGGCACACGAGAUUUCAAGGUCGGCGGAUGUUUUUUGUUCGAGGACAUGGGAGUGAGUGUUUUGUCGGCGUUCACUGUUGAAUUGGUGGGUGAUGUGUUGUUGCUUGUGCUUGCGUUCGGGGUCGGUUUGGAUCCAAGACAGAGAGAGAUCUUUGGACCUGCAUUGGGGCCGAUUCUCGUUGGGCUGGCGGCUGGUGCGACGGCGUUGUGUAUGUCCUUUUCGCGUCCGGGGUUUGGGGGCCCUGGGAUGAAUCCCGCCAGAUGCUUUGGGGUGUUUGUGGGAAGUCGGUUUCCGGGUUGGCAUUGGGUGCAUUGGGUGGGGCCGCUGGCUGCCAGUAUGUUUCAUGGCAUUGUGUAUUUUCUGGUUCCUCCGGUUUCGCCCAAGGACAAAGGAGCACCCGGAGGUGAGAAGGAGGGUCUGUCUUUGUCUACGGCAGAGGCAGAGCAGGAGAAGACGGCGGAUAGAGAGUGUGUGUAG